AGCAUUGAACUGGAAGAUGGCACUAACAAACAAAGUGAUAUUAGUUCCAUUGCCUGGCGCCUCAAAUGGCAAGUACUAAUUCAGUUUGUAGAAAUGAGAAGCUGCUGGAUGAUUAGUACGUGUACGGAGGACAACGUUCGUAGUUUCCUUUUUUGCACCAAAAGAUUUCAGGACUCGCACACAAGCCCGUUCGCAAGUUCCCGAACAGCAUAUCCGCCUCAUUUUCCAUUUUUAUUUUUUGAAAAACUCUCAUUUUCCUUAUUUAUCUCCCACAAAACAAUUCCCGCCUUCUCUCAAUUUUCCCUUCUCUAAAAUUUCUCCCAAAAAUUCUUCAAGAAGAUUCAUCCAAUGAUACAAAACAAAACCAAAUUUUCAAAGUGAUGGAAAUUCAUUAUGGAGCCUGAAAGAAGAAAUCUAAAGAGGAAACCCCUCUCAGAUUGUUCCAACAUCCUCACAACCCCAACCACCAACACCGCCGUAAGAAACCCUACAAUCCAUUCUUCUUCUAAAACAUCUCUUCUUCCCGCAAAACUAUCUAAAUCUAAAUCCAAAUUCCCUCUUUAUACUAAACAAACAGACGAGAAUUCUUUUACUACUAGUACUGGAUCUAAUAAUAACGAUGAAAACCCUAGAAUUCUUUCUAUUCCAUCCAAAUCGAAGGAAACUUCAGCUGAUUUCGGUUCUGAAAACCCUAGGAUUAGAGAACGGUCUUCUUCUCCAACUCGAUUGAGAAAACCUUUAGCUCGUUAUGAUGCAGAAAACCCUAAAGUUCAAACUCAUCCUUGGACUACUCCGCGCUUGAAAAAACCGUUAACUCGUUCUGAUGCUGAACAAAUUCAAAUCCACCCUCCCACUACUCCGCGGUUGAAGAAGCCCUUAACUCGCUCUGAUGCUAAACACCCUGGAAUUCCAGCCGAGCCUUCUACUCCUCUGAGACCGGACGACACUGAGUCUCAGAAUGAUGGGUUUCGUACGAUUUACACUAGAAGGCGGACUGUUGAGAAAACCAACGACAAAGGAAAGCAAGUCGCAUCAGCAGUACCAUUUGAUUGCUCUUCAGCAGAGAAGGCCUGUACUAGUUUGUUCCCAUCUUCAAUUAGGGAUAAUCGGGCCGUGGUAGACAGGGAAGCUGCUCAGUUUAAGUCAUGCACAGCUAUUCGUCCAAGAGCUGCAAAGAAGCAGCGACUUUCACUACCCGAUAGGCUUCCUGAUCGAAUUAUGCCACCUGACCCAGAUUUUAUUGCAAGUCAAGUAGCAUACUUCAAAGAUGUUGAUGCAUUUGAACUACAAGAAGAGUCUGUAUCAGAGAGCGAGCUGGAAUAGUUGUAGUAAAAGGAGAAAGGAAUCACUCGGUAUGGACAUACUUUCCAAGGUUGGUUAGCCAUAUAAUUCAACUGAAAGAGUAGUAGUCCCACUGCUAAGCAGGAGGGGGAGGUAGAAGCAAAAAAAACAGGGAUCUGUUGGCAGGAAAAAGCUUGGUUAGCUGUAGUGUACAAUGUAUAUUGUUAAAUGAUUGAUAUAUCCGUAACUGCAGAAUUUAGCCAUAGGAAAUGUAACAUCAUCAUAAACUACGUGAGUGCGAGUGAUUCUUAUAAAUCUCUUCAAGAAUGUAAGGAUUGAUAUUUUUUAACAAACUGGACAAAUAACUCCUGUAACCCAA